CGACUGUACGAAAAUCAUUCAGACCCUGUACGUUCUCCAUAUAAGAACAUUUAUCAGUGAAGUAAGCGUCAAAUAUAAAACAUUCAAGAGACAUUCAGAAGCAAACCAGCAGUCAAAAUUCUCUUACAAAACGAAGGUCAACAAAAAUUAUUUCGGAAAUAUUUCUUCUUCUUUUUUGGUCAACAAAAUUGGAAAGUUUUUGAUAUUACAAAAUUUUUAUUCAAAACAAUAAACACGGGUAAUACCUGACACAUUUGUACAUUUUACUAAAGAAAACUCAGCUAUUUUUAAGCAAGAGACAUGCCGCUCCAUCUAAGUCCUUCGUGGCCCGCCUUCGGGCAUGUGCAGAAGCUGACCGAUUUGUUCGAAGAGAAGGCUUUACCCAAGAAAUCGCCAAAAAUCUUGAAGAAACCUGUACCUAUGCCCAAACUAAAACCAGAGCUGUUGGUUCGCAUCAAAGUGGCUCUGGGCGAGGAGCCACAGAAGCCACCGAAGGCACCCAAGCCACAAAAGCCACACAAGCCACAUAAGGCACCUGCCCCAAAACCUAACACUUCUCCCCUCCAAGAGGCUCAGCCCGGUGAUAAUGCUGCGUCCAUCGGGGAUGGAGGGGAUAAUGUUGUCCAGAGCCAGUGCCCCCGGAAUGGAGGCGAUAAUGCUAGACUUGCCGAGUGGACCGAAAAAUAUCGGGACUAUCACUUUGUGCCAUAGAAAUUUUUGUAAGAAGCCCCCCAUUUCGGAUACCUUCUCACCAGAUGUGAACAACAACCGCUGAAGUCUCUUCAAUUACAAAAUUUAUAUGGUUUUCCAAAGACUCUAGAAGGUUUUCCAGAACUCAUUUCCAAACUAUUUUGUCCAUGCAAAGACUGUUUUUCCAAAGGCACCACGUUAGUACACCCCAAACAAUGUCUCUCAAGAAUUCUGAAGCGCUUUGAUUCCUUUGUUUUUAGGAAAAUUAAAAGAAAAUAGUGUAAAAAACCCUC